CAUGAGGUUCUGGGUGGCAGCCGCGUUCCACCGGAAAAGGACUUGCUGAAGUGGGGGAGGAGCUCAAAAGGGAUUGUGGGAGGGAGGCUUCUUCCUUUCCAUCUGGCGGCAGCCAUCAGGUAAGCCAAGAUGGGUGCGUACAAGUACAUCCAGGAGCUAUGGAGGAAGAAGCAGUCGGAUGUGAUGCGCUUUCUUCUGAGGGUCCGCUGCUGGCAGUACCGCCAGCUCUCUGCGCUGCACAGGGCUCCCCGCCCCACCCGGCCGGAUAAAGCGCGGAGACUGGGAUACAAGGCCAAACAAGGUUAUGUCAUAUACAGGAUUCGAGUGCGCCGUGGUGGCCGGAAACGCCCAGUUCCUAAAGGUGCGACUUACGGCAAGCCUGUCCAUCAUGGUGUUAACCAGCUAAAGUUUGCACGAAGCCUUCAGUCUGUUGCUGAGGAGCGAGCUGGACGCCACUGUGGGGCUCUGAGAGUUCUGAAUUCUUACUGGGUUGGUGAAGAUUCCACAUACAAAUUCUUUGAGGUUAUCCUCAUUGAUCCAUUCCACAAAGCCAUUAGAAGAAAUCCUGACACCCAAUGGAUCACCAAACCAGUCCAUAAGCACAGGGAGAUGCGUGGGCUGACAUCUGCGGGCCGCAAGAGUCGUGGCCUUGGAAAGGGCCACAAAUUCCACCACACUAUUGGUGGUUCUCGCCGUGCAGCUUGGAGAAGGCGCAAUACUCUCCAGCUCCACCGUUACCGCUGAUAGAAGUAAUGUUUGUAAAGUUCAUAACCUAAUAAAUAAUAAACAAUUUAGGACAGUCCCGUCUGCUUAAAAGUGUUAUUUGUUAAGUAGUCUGCUGAUUAUUUCAUGAAUGCUUUGUCAAAUGAAAGUUAAAGUGCAAUAAUGUUUGAAGACUAUAAGUGAUGGUGUAUCUUUGUUUUAAUAAGCUUUUUUGUCUUCGCUUUAUCUUAUUGGGGAGUUAUAUGUCAGUGUUUAAACAUGCUGUGUGGUGUAUGUAAUAGAUGUAAAGUUAUUUAAAAGAGAAGUGCUAAAACUAGCCCUGUAGAUCUGUUUGGUGCAUGUAAUGAAACCUCCAGCUUUAUUGGAGUAAUGCAAUGCUCUGCUGUUUUGAAGUGGCUGGUUUUUUGGAGUUUGGCAAAUACAAACUUGAAAUCAGA